AUUAUUUUGUGAUACAGUACCGCAUAUUUUACGGUAGUACUAUUCUUGAAGUGGAGUAUAGUGGUCGUAGAGUAUACUUACUUUAUUCAGGUGAUUUUUAUCUAUAGAUAUGAGGUGUACAUUGCACAUUUGACCUAGAAAAAGAGGCUGUAGCAAUCGUCUUCGUUUUAUUGGAAAACAUAGUACUGUUGAACGUGUCCACCACAGCGACAACGAAACACUUGUGUUUUAUUGUUUUCCCGUGCAGUUCAUAAACAGCUGCAGAAUUUCCAGCUCCUUGGUUUAAGUGAAUUCUGCCUGGAUAAUUCGGUUUUUAAUUCAAUUUGGACGUCUUUUAACGAGUAAUCUGCACUUUGUAAUUAGUGUACUUAUUUAAAGAAGGUACACCGUCCACACCUUAUCACUUACCGUUAAGAUGGAGUCUGUUGUAAACGGUUGCAUAAAAAAGAAAAUUAUUAAUUUUUCUCCCGGACCAGCAAAAAUUCCCGAAGAGGUGCUGGAGAUUGCUCAAAAGGAACUGGUGGAUUUUCAGGGACAUGGACUGAGUGUCAUGGAAAUGUCCCAUCGCUCCAAGGAAUUCGAAUCCAUCAUUUUUGGAGCAGAAAAGACUGUUCGGGAGUUACUGGAUGUGCCAGCUAAUUAUAAAGUCCUGUUUAUGCAAGGCGGUGGCGCUGGCCAGUUCUCCGCUGUCCCCCUGAAUUUAAUGCGCACAGGAACGGCCGACUACCUCGUCAGCGGAAGUUGGUCACAGGCAGCAGCUAAAGAAGCCAAGAAAUACGGAACGGUGCAUCUGGUAGCGCCCACACCGGAGAAGUUCGGGAGUGUUCCGGACGAAUCGGAAUGGAAAUUCAGUGAUAAUUCCUCUUACUUUUAUCACUGCGGCAAUGAAACUGUGCAUGGAGUGGAGCUGCCAACGACGUUCACCUCUGUUCCUGGUCAUCUCCCUAUUGUAGCAGAUAUUUCUAGCAGUCUGAUGAGCCGAAAGUUUGACGUUUCAAAGUAUGGGAUGGUGUUCGGUGGUGCACAGAAGAACGUGGGAUGCGCUGGUGUCGUACUGGGUAUUAUACGAGAGGAUUUGUUUGGGCAUGCGCGCAAGGAAUGUCCAUCGGUGUUGGACUACAAACUACUGGACGCACAUACUUCACUGUACAAUACACCUCCAUGUUUUAAUGUGUACGUGAUGGGUUUGGUGUUGAACUGGAUCAAGAAACAUGGCGGUUUGGACGCUAUGGAUGAAAUGAGCCAACGGAAGUCAUCGCUGAUUUACAGCGUAAUUGAUAAAUCCAAUGGAUUUUAUUACAAUCCCGUGGAUAAACGCUAUCGCUCACGGAUGAACGUCCCAUUCCGCGUCGGCGGGGUAAACGGCGAUGAAGAACUGGAAAAGCGCUUCCUGCAGGAAGCCGGUAAACUACACAUGGUCCAGCUGAAAGGGCACCGCUCGGUCGGUGGGAUGCGGGCGUCACUGUACAAUGCCGUCACAGUGGAAGAAACGCAAGUCUUAGCUGAUUUUAUGCAGGAUUUUUACGAUCGAAACCGUGUUUGAAAUGGACUGACGGGUUGUUAAUUGUUUGCGCUUAGAGUGAUUGUUACAUCUUACUUAUGUUCGCAUUUUUGCGUUACUCAGUUAUAAUGCGCCAUUUGCUCAGAAAACAAUUUUUAAUUUCUUUAAGUUAUGCAUUCCUCACACUAUCCGAUACUAACGUUUACAUAAAAAUCAUGCCUUAACACAAACCGCUCGUCCCUUAACGA